AUGGCCGUCUUCAUGAUAAACAUCUGUAAAUUCAAUGGCUGUGGCAUAACAUUUCCACGACUAGCGGACCUAAUUGAACACAUCGAAGACGUUCAUAUCGAUUAUGACCCUGCUGUCGUUGAACAAAAAGAAGCCUCUCAGCCAGCAUGCAUCCCUCUUAGUUAUGUAUUAAAAUUCUUUACGGAGGCAUCAAGGCGGGAGAUUCAAAAUAUGCCUCCAGCGGCCGACGUGCGCCGGCGCCUGCUCUCUGCGCCUAAGACGCCUUCCGUCCGAAGCAGUACACCUACAGGGAGUGAAGUAGAUGAAGAUGAACUUAUGAGCCCAUCUGAAGACAGCAACGACUCGUGGACUACCGUCGAGGAGUACAGUUCCGAGUUCAUUUUGCGAUACGGUGUAAAAAUGAAUGCAAACGCGUCAACAGGCGCGUUAGGCGCGGCGGCACAGGAGAAGCCAUUCGCGUGUCCGGUCCCUGGAUGUAAGAAACGGUACAAGAAUGUCAAUGGCAUCAAGUACCAUUCGAAGAAUGGACACAAGAAGGACGGCAAGGUAAAAAAGGCUUACAAAUGCCAAUGCGGCAAAAGCUACAAAACGGCGCAAGGCCUUAAAAGCCACUCUAUAUCGCAACACAUAGCGACCCUGCCCGGGGAUGUCCGCGCAAAUGCGCCCAAAAUGCCGAAUCUCGUAGUCACGGCCUCUCCCGCUUCCCGCCCCCCUCCACCUCCCAUAGACGCCAUUGACGCCUCCAAACUUGUCAGAAUCUAUGAUACCAUAAAAACCAAAGACCUCCCAUCCUUCACCAUACCGAAACAUAACCUAACCCAUUUAAAUAUCAUUAAUGCAACCCAAAAUGGUCAAGGGUUGCGUCAUUCGGUCAUUCUCACCUCAACCUCCUCGCCAAUAGAUAAAAUCAAGUUCGAAAGGUCCCCUAAAGUGACCGUCACUCAGGAAGCUACGUAUGACGUCUCGAGCCUGUCUCAGGCCAGCGACCGUAGAGGC